AUGUCUCGUCCUCAGGUCAGUAUCGACCGGCUUAUGCCUCGCCGCGCGACAAUCGAACCGCGGGAGGCAAUGAACUGCAAAUCCUGUCGCAAAAGAAAGAUCAAAUGUAAUCGCCUGCGACCAAGCUGCGAGGCCUGCAAGGUCUUUCAAUGUGCUUGCGUGUAUGAUGCCAUUCCGAAAAAACGUGGUCCAAAAACCGAUGUUCUGGAAGCUCUACUCAAGCGAGUGGAUGGUCUGGAAAAACGACUUCAGGAUGAAAAGAAUCCCAUCUCACCUACCUCUCCGGAGAAAAAACCCGAGGAGCUCCCGCUCAGCCAGCCAAAUGGCCGUCGCAACACCAUCGACGCCUCGGCUUUCUCUCCAUACACUCCAAGUGACUCGCGACCGUCAAUAUCGACCCCUUUAUCCCAGACAGAACAGUUCUCAAGGUCAGCGACACAUGGCUCAUCUCUGGGCUUCUCUCAGCCAACUCCGACCCCGAAUGGCGUGUUGUCCGAAAUACUGCUGGAUGCGUACUUUACGCGCCUGCAUGGGAAGCCCUUUUUUAUCCUAGAUGAACCAAGUACACGACAACGCUAUCAAGUAAAUCAACUCCCCGUGCAUUUGUCCAUGGCCAUUUCUGCUAUGACAUCAAGGUAUACACACACGAUUGGUCAACCCGAACAGUCCAUACACAUGGGAUUGGAGGCUGCUCUGCAAGCGCGCCGCAUGGUCGACAUAGACAAUCCCACCGUGGAAGCCUUACAAACCCUUCUACUAUUAUCGCAGGCUUUCUUUGCCUAUGGACUGGGGAAGAAGGCGUACAUGACGUUUUCAAAUUGCGUGGCAAUGGUGGUCGCUUUGGAUCUGCUCCGCGAGGUACCAUCCAAAGCCAGCCUAUCGCUCCAGGAGCGCGAGAUGAGGCGUCGGCUAUUUUGGACAGUAUACCUCAUGGAUCGCUUUAUUGUCUGUGGGUCACGUCGCCCGUGCCUUAUCUCAGACCACUCGAUUGUCCUGCGACUUCCUUCAUGGUCCCCUCAUGCAGCGGGUCUUAACAUGGAAGGGGAGUUGUUUCAUGUUGGCCCCAACAUUCAAUAUUCCGCGGACUCGCGCCGGAAAUCUCCGAGUGCUGCGUCGCUACUAAUUGACAUUACUCGGAUUCUGGGGGUGACAAACCGGUAUUUGGCUGCCGGUGGAGUCAAAGGAGACUCCCAUUUCCCUUGGCAUGCGUUAUCGAACCUAUCCAAGAUUCGACAGGAGUUGGAUAUCUGGGCCGCCGGCACACAGGAUGUGUUUGCCUCGAUCGAAACAUUAUUUGGCCAUCCAGAAAGCACCACUCUACUACUUAGCAAGUUGAUCUAUCACCUGGUCCACUGUUUGCUCUACCGUCCAUUCCUACCCAUCGACCUAGUAGAGCUAAGAGGCACGGGUCAGCAUCAAUCAUGGCAGAUCGAGGCCACCAAUUUGUGUUUCUCCCACUCGAAUGCCAUCGCAGAGCUCGUCGAACUGGGUCGCAACUCUCCCCUGGUUGAUUGGCCUGCCUUUGUUGGCUACUGUGUGUGUACUGCGGGCACCGUUCAUGUUCAUGGUGUGCACUACAAAGGUCGGGAGGGCGAGGUUUUCUCAUCCAGUGCUGAAUUUUUAACUCGGGAGAUGCAUCAAUUGACAUGGUUGCGAAAUGCUUGGGCAGGCGUGCAACAUCAACGAGAGCUACUCCAAACCAUCUAUACCUGUCACGCCGAGCUAGUGCGAAAUCUUGCGAGCAGCCCAAUGCGCUUCUCACCAGUGUUCCACCUUGAGGAUUUCCUCGACCGAUACCCCGGCUUGACGGUCGACGGAGCGCACGUUCGAUUAAUAGAUACCGGCGAUGAGCUACGACCAAGUGCUCCAAACCUGGUUGACCGACAAGACUAUUACCAACGCCCCAUGGCACCACCAUCAUUCCAAAAUCCAGGAUUCUACCCCAACACAAGGCCAACACCACCCCCCUUCCAGUCAAAUCAAAGUCCCGAAGCCGAAAGACACAACUCCUCACACUCGAUAAACAAGGCCCAGACCCAGACUGCUCUCUCCCCAUCUCUUCAAUUCCACCAACCCCCCAACCCGUCCCAACCCUCUCCCUCCCUCUCCUCUAUCUUCCCCGUCCAGGGAUCCACAGAUCUAUCUCCAAAUACACAAGACAACCACCUCGCCCUCCCCUUCUCCCCAUCAGCAUUCGGUCUCUCGCCACCCGCCUUCUUAUCCGAUCUCGCUUUAAGCAUCGCUCCCACCCCACCUUCAAAUCCACAAUACGCUACUUUCCCCUUCGACACCACACAUGCCAAUCUAAAUACCACUGCCUUAACCCCAGGUGCGCAAUCGCAAACAAGCGGUUCACAUACAGGAGGUAGUGAUACAGGAAGUUUGGAGAAAGAUCCGUUCUUGAGUUUGUUGGAGCAACUUGCGGAAAAUGAACACUCGCAGGGUGGGCCUAGUGAACUUGAUUUCUUCCUAGCGGGUGCUGUUGACCAGGAGCAGGAUAUCAAUGUUGAGGAGAAGGUUGAGGAGUUGUAA